AAAAAUAUCUUAUAAAUCUAAUCUAGAAGCUAGGCUAUCUAUCUAGAACUUAUCAAUAAUAGAAUCUAGAUCUAGAUCUAUAUCUAGAAUUAUUAUAGCCGAAUUAUGCUAUAGGGUCUAUUAGAGUACGAUUUAGAUUAAAAAGGACUUUGGUCACGAAGUGAAAUGUUGCUUUUAUAGUUCUAAAUAAUUCUAAUUAUCUUGUAGAUAAGUAAAUCUAGUCAGAUUCUAGAAUCUAGAUCUAGGCAAUCUAGGUUUACAUUUCUUAGAAUUCUUUCUUAAAUCAAAAUCGGCUGAUCAUAUUCAGUUAUUCAAGUUAUUCAAGUUAUUGACAUUUGGAAAAAAUGCCACUAAAGGAUGGAUCUUGGAGAAUUCCGCCUCCUAAAAAUAUGAAUUGGCUUUGGAAGAUUUCUAGCAAAUUAACAGUUGCCACUGUUGGCUUGUAUAGUAAACUAUGGCUAGCAUGGUUAAAUAAAGUUCGUGUUCACAACAAGGAAAUCCUAGAUCAAGCAAUGCUGGAUCGACCAAAAUUUAAAGGAUUACUUACUGUUAGUAACCACACAAGUUGUAUGGAUGAUCCACUUUUGUGGGGAGUUUUAAAGACCAGACAGCUAAUAAACAGAGAUUUGAUGCGCUGGACUUCAGCUGCUGAGGAUAUUUGUUUCACUAAUAAAUUUACAUCACUUUUUUUCUCAUUGGGACAAGUGUUUCCUAUUGUUAGAGGAGAUGGUGUUUAUCAAAAAGGCACAGAUUUUGCUAUUGAGAUUUUGGACCAAGGAAAAUGGGUGCAUUUUUUUCCAGAAGGCAAAGUGAACCUGACUCUUGAGUUAAUGAGACUAAAAUGGGGUGUUGGACGGAUUAUUGCUGAUUGUAAAGUGACUCCACUUGUUCUACCAAUCUGGCAUGUUGGAAUGGAUAAAGUAUUGCCGACACGUUCCCCCUACAUUCCACUAAUAAAUAAGAGCGUCACCUAUCUGGUAGGAAAUCCAAUAGAUUUUACCAAAGAACUGAAGUUUUUGAAAGAUUCUAAAAAGACACCACAAGAAAUCAGGAAAUAUGUGACAGACAAAAUACAAGAAGAAUUCAAGGUGCUUAAAAAUGUGGCAGAUAAACUUCACACAGAAUUAACUAGGUGACAUCAUGUGCUUUUGUUUAAAUCUGCCAUUGUAUUUGUUGUUUUACAAAUGUUUGUAUACUGAUUACUAUGUGAAAGUGCUGUUACCACAUGGUUAUUCUAAUGAAAUAAAAACACAGGACACUA